UUCUCUAAUGGGUCGUCCCUGAAGGUUCUCAAGGAUUCGAGAGCAAAGAGUCACAUGGUUAGCAGAAAACCAAUGGAGAUUCGUUAUCAAAAUUGUACAUAUUCAUUAGGACAACAAUGCGUGACAACAAACAAAGCUUUAUAAUCUGUUUUCGCGUGUGAUUUGAUUCGAAAGGUGUGCACGUACUCUAAAGUGAUUAUCGCUAAACAAAAUGGCGUUGCGAGACGAAUUUCGCAUUUCAAUGUUCAAAUUAAACCACGACAAGGCUCGAGACUUCGCUGAAUCACCGUGGAUGCCUUGGUAUUUGCUAGCCGUGUUACGCCUCAUAUUUGCUGCCUACUGCACUGGGUGGAUCAUCGCUAGUGGUUUCUUUAAAGUCAACGGAGGUGCCAAAUGGUUCAUAUUUUUGACAAACUGGGGGUACUUCUUCGUCUCCAGCGUUCUAAUUCUUGCCUCGGUGGUUACCCUGUGGUACCACUGCAAGGGAAAAAAUCAAGUCGACCUUCCCACGGAGAUGAAGGCUCCUUCAGAUCCCGAAAGAGAAAACACUGGAUACAUCUUCCCCCCAAGAUGGCACCAUAAGACAUUGUGGGUGCUGUAUAGCAUAGGUGCUAAUAUAGGCAUAGCGAUAACGAUCCUGUAUUGGAGCCUUUUGGCAGCGAAUUACACUGGAGCUGAGCUUGGCCUUGACAUAAGUACGCAUGCUCUGAACAGUGUGUUCAUGGUAUUGGACAUACUUUUGUCUUCGAUGCCUGUAAGGAUUUUCCAUAUGGUCUACCCCAUGGCGUUUAGUAUUGUUUAUAUGAUAUUUACAAUAAUAUUCUGGGCAGCUGAGGGCACUAAUCCCGUCAACCAUAAGCGCUACAUAUAUUCAGUUCUAGAUUACAGUAAUAAUCCAGGGUUGGCUGUGGGGUUGUGUCUUGGUCUCAUUUUCGUAGGAGUACCGUUGAUUCAACUCUUCAUUUAUGGAUUGUACAGGUUAAGGGAAUUUGUUGUUGGAAAAUUGAAGUCUUAAUUGCGCGCUAAACGAAGGAGGCAUCGAUGCGCGAUUAAAGCAUGCGAUAAAAACAGCUUACCUGAUUAAGAAAUAUAAAACGGCGCGAGUGUUUCUGUCCUCAAGCGGCCGUUUUAUAGUUCUUAUAUAAUUGUUUUCUGCGUUUUUCGAGCGAAAAACAAAAUUUGCCGAUAAGCCGUGUUUCUGUCCUACAAACACGGUCGUCAGCCAAUCAGAGCACGCGUUAUAUAUCAAAAAUUUUAUAAAUUCCAAUAGAACUAUAAUGCAUCAGUCCAUUUGAACCCCGACCCCGGGAAAUAUCUGGGGAAUCAACAUUUUUAACAAUGUUAAAACCCAGCCUUCCCCGGCCAGAAAAGGGGGCUAAACAGGUCAUUUCCUGACGUUAUUUCCCUCGACCUCUCGUUGAUUAUGCUGUUAAAACAGUGUUAAAUUCCCGGCUACAGUGUGCUUAUUCUCCGGCCACUUCCCGGGUUGUUAUCUAAAAUGUUGUCACUAUUUUGUAGUAUUAACAGUACUUUGCGUAUUAUAUAGAAUUAGCUUUGUUCUUUGUACUAUUUUAUGUUAUUGUUAUGAGACGAAGCUUCAAUCCA